AUGUCCGACUCGCAUAGUUCAGACGUCAUUAGUGGGGUUGCUGGCCGUGGCGGCGGUCAUGGAAGUAGGAAUGUAGCACCGCAACUGCCCUUCACCAGUCGGAGAUCACCAUACCCUUUUUCGAAUUCGUCAACAUCAACUUCCUCUUCUUCCCUGACACCUCACCCCCCAUCAAAUGAUAAUCAUUUGCCUGGGUUGACGGGAUAUGCCUGCAACACCGAAUCUGCUGCAGAACCAAGCCACAGCUGCGAUCCAAAUUACCAUCUUGACUGCCGCCUCCACUUCCUCAACCACCCUCCCCAGCGGCACCAGCAGCACUACCCCCUCCACCAAUUUGACCUGUCAACCGGUCUGGCUUCCCCCCGAGCGGCCACACCUCUCCCGGGUCCCCCCUUCUACGCACCGUGGGAUCCUUGGGACCCCACCCAAAACAAUGAAGAUCACCCCCAUUGUAGUCCCUCCGCGCAACAGCAAGCCAUUGCGUCUUCUCCCGCCGCCGCCGCUAUUGCUGACCAAGAUUCCCUCUCUUUUGCAUCGACCCUACCGGAUACCUGGAACAAUCGUACUUCUCCCGCUACCUCAUUCGGCUCUCUGUCAAGCACUCAUAGCUCUAAUCUAUCCUCUGAUACUGAGUUCGGCGGUGCCCCAAUAACUCCCGAAGGCGUUGAAGAUACACUACGAAACAAACACCACUCACCACCUCAUAACAGCUUCACUAGGAAUAGGGUCCCCUACGCUCUAGCUAUCAACGAGUGUGACGAAAACGAGGAAGAUUCAGACGGAGGCAUAGACCUUUUUGGUUGUGACAUGGCUUCUUCGGGUCCUGUUGAGGUGAUUUAUUCAUCCUCCGCUCUUCACGCCACAGUCAUGGAUGAAGACGAGGACGACUUUUCUCCGAACAACUUGGUCACCCGCCCACCGUCUCCGAUGGGUGCCGGCUCUUCUUUCUUCAUGGAUAUAUUUUCCUCCCCUUCCCAUGAAAAUCAAAAUCCACUAGAGGGGGACCUAUCGAACCUCCCAAGCUUUCACAUGCAACUGAACCCCCCACUAGAUGAUGGCUUUGAUUCGCAACCUAACGUCGAGGAAACAUCAGUCCAAUCGAUUUUCCUGGAAAGCAAUCUACAGACGCCCACUACCCCAAGCACACCCGCUGAUAUCCUCAUCGAUUCGUCGUCACCGGACGCCCAGCUUUCUGUCUCCCGGGGCACGGAUGGUCUUGAAAUCGCUGCAGGGGAGGACGAGGAAUUAUUUGUUGUCGAGUCAGAGUUGAACCAUUCGACGGGCCUACAAGAGAGUAUGCAUUCUCAAUCAUCUUCCCAAUCUCCUCCAACAGCAGCCGCAGUUCCCAUACCCCAGGCUACUUUUGCAGUCGCCGCGGCGGAGAUCAUGGCAGCAGCAGCUGAUGUUGGAGGAUUUGUUCCCCCUCCUGCCCGUGAUUCACUUCAUUCACCCACACUGCCCCCCCCACUGCCUUUUGAUCCGUCCCUUCCUUUUCAUGUUUCAACAGGCACUUUAAUUCCUGUAUAUGAAUACGAGGCGGGGGACUUCAGUGAAGGUGACUCCAGUGAUGAAGGUGACUCUGAUGACAUAACUAAUCAUCCGUUUGAUCGUAAUCUGCUUCUCGAAGACAUUGAAAACUACAACAAGGAUUUUGCGAAAUUUUGUCUACAUGCUUACUACAGACACCGAAUGAAUCCUACGAAAUAUCCAAAGCUAUCAGUAGCUGCAGCCGACGUCAAGAAUCUGCGGCGACCCGUGCAAGUGAUGAGAACCGAAAUGGAAGAGAAUGGGUGGGAUUACCAGGCGAUCCCAUGGGACCUUCUUGGGAUCAGCCGUGAGGUAGCGAGAGUAAUCAGGAGGAAGGAUUACCCCAAUUAUGUAAACCUCAAAGGUCUUGAGUUUGAGGAAAACCCUAUAAGGAUUCCGGAAAACCGUAAUUUUUUCAACUUCAGACGAAUGGACAACGAGCAACGUUGUCGUUUAAUACAUUUCCAAUUGAGAAACCUUAUUGGUGUCAUAUCGAGAAAUGAUGUCUUCUACGCCGGCGAUGGGAUAGUUGUGCAUACCAACCCACUGACGGGUAAGUCAAGAACGAUGAUGGAUCUACGGACACCGGACAGCUGGAGUGGGAACCCGAUAAGGAUCUCGACACUUGGUACCUGCGGAGGAUCGAAUGGUGUUGUGAUUGCGGGGUGCUUCUAUGGGGAAUACGCGAUGAAACCACUCCAUGCACCUGCCGAUGCUAAACCAAUCACGGGAAUUGUAACGCAGAAUGAAAGCGGUAUCACGAACCAUGUGCAGGUGAUUAGAAACCGGACUACAGGCACACCCAAUGCAGUGUUCUCAUCUAAUGACCAUUUAAUUCGGGUUUUGAACUGCGGAGAGGGUAUGAGAUUUAUCAUCGAACACGAAUACUUGUGGCCGGUAAAUUGCUCUGUCACUAGUCCCGAUUCGCGGCUUAGAAUUGUGGUUGGUGAUGAUACCGAGGUCUUGGUUUGCGAUGCAGAACGAGGGACAACCGAGUUUGUUUUGAAAGGUCACCGGGAUUUCGGGUUUGCGGCUGCUUGGAGCGACGAUGGGUACACUAUCGCUACCGGAAACCAGGAUAAGACUGUACGCAUCUGGGAUGCAAGAAAUUUAAGCAAGACUGUGAAGGUUUUACCUGCCGUAAUGGCGGGCGUGAGGACGUUGCGAUUUUCACCGAUUGGUUCUGGAGGUAAACGGGUGCUGGCAAUGGCGGAACCAGCAGAUGUCGUGCAGAUAGUGGAUGCCGUUUCGUGGGACUCAUUACAACAGAUCGAUUUCUGGGGCGAGGUAGGAGGAGUGGACUUUGAUCCAUCUGGUGAAGAAUUUUACAUCGCGAACGCGGAUCGGUCUGUUGGUGGGAUCAUGGAAUUUUCAAGGACGAAAGGUUCAGUAUAUUACGAAGACUAUCAUUGCCAGAAAGUACAGCAGCGUUACAACGUGGGGGGGAGUGUAAGGCAGAGGCGGCGCAAAAGAAGCGCUUUCAUCGCCUCUUCAGAUGAUGAUUCGGAAUCAACCACAUUCUCGGACGAGGAGCCAAUGGAAGAAGAGGAUGAAGACGCCAGAGAGGACCUGGAUUUGAGGAAAAGGGGCAGAUAUUACGAUAAAAGACGGUAUAAGCGACUAGGGCAUGAUAUGAGUAAUGUUUUCGUCUAA